AUGCCGGCCUCCACAGCGUCCCUGGAAUCGCUGAGCUCCCCGUCCCCAUCUCCUCCCCCUCCAGAAGAACAACGCUCGCAACAUUCCAACAACUCCAACCACAGCGGGGCUGCCGGUCUCGACAGCGGCUCAGAGCUCUCAGAGCUCACCGAGGAUGAGCAGGACAACGACAGUCGCACAAAUGACGACGAUACAUCCCGCAGCUCCAAACGCAGAAAGGGCCCGCGCUCCGACCGCAUAGUACCAGCCCCAAUGUGGGACUGGGCGUACAAACAGAAGAAAUCGGAGAAGAAGGACAAGGCCAACUGGCGCACGGACCUGGUCGAAGAGGAGGAAGAGGAGGAGGAACAGGCAGGCCCGGCGAAGGCCAUGGAGGAGGAGGAAGACGACGACCAGGAUAAGGAGUCUAAUCCCGACGAGGACGGUGCCUCCCCUGGGAAGUCCCGCGCGCUCAGCGACAACGAGGCGGGGGACAACGACGACGACGACCCGCCCGAGGAUGAUGGUGAGUAUUUUGACGAUACUGCCCCCCACCGCAUCCGCAAGGACAACAGCGGCGAUAUCUCUGGCGAGGACGAGGACUAUGCCGACGAAGCUGGCCUCGACGCGCCCGACGCGAACGGCGAUCGGACGCCCAAGGUGGCGGCGUCACCUGACCUAUCCGACGACGAGAACGACAACGUGGAGGAGGAAGAAGCGUAUGAAGACGAUCUUCCAGACGCAGCAGAAGCCCCCAAGGACGUCUCCGACGCCGAGGACUACGAAGACGACCCGGAUGCGGCCGCUGAUGACCCCGACGCGCUUGAAGGGGACGAGCCUCUGACGACUGAGGCGGUCACCCCCGCCGAGGGCGCUGUAGAUCCGGCGGAGCCAGACCUGGACAUAACGAUGGAGGUCGACGCGCCUCCGGCCAUAGUCAUGUCCCCCGUCGCGGUCGCAGUAUCCUCUAUCAUGGCGGGUUCAAGUCUCAUACAGGCAGCAUCCCCCUCUUCCUCCCAGCCAUCCACACCAUCAGCAUCGCGAGUGUCCUCCCGGUAUCCGUCUGCCGAAGCCGAGCCAGAGCAAGAUCCGGCGUCUGAACGUGAGGCUGAACCCGAGCCGGAGCGCAAGCCAUCUGGGAGCAGAGCCCCGAGGUCGCGGAAGGGGAAGGCGCGAACUCGAGCACGACGUUCACGCGUCGCAGCGGCCGCGGACGCUGGCGAAGCCGACCUCGACGGUGACCAGGCGGAUGGGCCGGACGGUGAGAACGCGGACGGUGAGGAUAUGGACGUCGCGACGCCGGAGCUCGAUCUGGACUCGGACAUGCAACCCGCACACCGGGCGGAGGCUCUUGAUGUUCUGGCGACCAUUGAACUGAAGUUCGCUCUGCUAAGAGAGCGCUUGUACGUGGAAAAGAUGGACACACUCGCAUGGGAGGAGGGCUUGAUUGCGGAUGGGAAUCAUCCGGAGCUGUUGCACCUUCACGCGGAACUGUCGAAGCGGAGGGAUAAGCGUCUGGAGCUUGCGUCCCACAGACGCGACUUUGAAGCCGCCAAUGUAACAAAGCGUCGCAGACUUGACGAAGAAGGCGUAUGGAGUUGGUGGAAGGACGCCCGUAAUGAGCUCCAGACAGAUAUGAUCUCGGAGACAAAUAGUAAACGACGCAGGCUGGAGCGCGAGCGACGGGCUCUCGAGCGUCCGCAACCUACUCGUCGCUUUCCCUUACCACCUGCCGAAGUUCCUCCUGCCCCUACCCUUCGUGAGAUCGUUAAGUCGAGUCCAUUCGGUAUCCCGGAAGCCGCAUUGCCUCUGUCGAAGCGCUACCAGCACAAGAGGGAACCGCUACCCUCCAGUUCUUUGGUUUACCCACAGAUCUCGUCACUUUCACCUGGAGAGAUCGUUCAAGAUCUUGACCUGUUCUUCCAACAUCGGCGCGCGGCAGCUGGGUUUGACCCACAUCGUGGCGGGCCUGGGUUGAUGAACAGCGUCUUGGGAGGGCUUCCACCUCCCGGGAUGGAUCCGUACGCAAUGGGUAUGCAAAUCCUCGAGGGACCUGCCGGCGGUAGAUUCGCGCCCCCUUUCCACCAGCAACACUUGCAGCCGCAAGGGUUUGUACAGGGUUUCGGUGCCCCUCCGCCACGUCUUCCCCACCAUCAUUCCGCACCUCCCGGAACGCUCCCCCACCUAUCCCAUGCACAAAUGCAGAUAGACCAAGAAAUCGCUAUGGGCAUGCGUCCCCCGCCCGGCAUGCCCCCACACCCGUCACAUAUGCAACCACAAUUCGGCGCAGGCCCGGGCCCGAGCACGCUCAUGAGGCGGUCCAUCUCCCCCGUUCCGCUCAGUAAUGGCGUGGGAGAUAGUUCGGGGAUACCUACAAGCAUGGGAGGUGGGCCGAUACCUCCUGGAUUUUCAGGAUCAAAGCCCAAUGGGUGGACAGGGCCAUCGACAGGCGUGCACAUGGGGCCUGGGAAGGAGUUGUCUCGACUCAACGGCGAGGUGGAGGGGCGUGAAAGAGAGCGAGAGCGGGACAGAGAUAGGGACAGAGAUCGGAUGAGCGAGGCGCUGAGCCAUCGUGAGCGCGCCGAGCGGGAGCGUGCUCAGCGGGAUUUGGAACGCGACCAGGCGGAACGAGCGUAUCACAUCGCGCAUGGCCAGCCGCGACUCCCCGCUCACCAACAUACCCACACGCACGCUCACAACAACGCACCAGCCCCAGCUGCCCAUGGGCCACACCAUCACCUUCACCACCACCACCACCACCAUGUACGACAUCAUCACCCUACAUCCCAGACCGGACCAGGGAGUGUCCCGCAGGGACCCCCCAUGUCCGGGCUCCCGUCUGGCGCCGUUAACGGACCCGCACCGAACCCGACGCGUAGCCCCCACGGAGGCCGCGAGAUAGAGCCCCGCCGUCCUCGUUCUGGUGCACCCACCGAACUCAUCGAGUUGACCGCUUCUUCGCAAAGGUCCCACACCACGGCUUCUCCGCGAAUGUCUGCAUUCUGGAGAGGAAACGACGACGCGGCGCCCACGGAGAUGCAGCGCGAGCGCGAACGUGACCGUGGUAGAGCUCCCGGGCCCUCAGGACCUCCGCCCCCCGGCCCGCACGAACGCUUGCCCUUUACUAUGGGCCCGUCGCAGCCGCUGCUAGACAGUCGUCCUGGCUCGCCGCGCGGUAUGCUCGGCAAUCCUCCUCCGUCCAUGCCCUCCUCCCGCCGCGGCUCGUGGUCGGCAGCCGCCGACGAUGGCAGCGUCGGCCGUCCGCCGUCGGCUUCUCAUGCACCUUCUCCAUCUGGAAUGCCUCCAGGAGGCUCCGGAUCUGGCAGCCAGCGACCGUCAAGUUCGCGCAUGCCCCAACCGUCAUCGACGCCGUCCUUCCACAGCCCUUUUGGCUCGCCUCCGUACGGUAACCCCCCGCCUGGUAGCCCCCAGCCAUCUUCGUUCGCGGGCUCGAUGCGCUCUCCAACAAGAGGCUCUCAAUCGGGUCGAGGGCUAGGCUUAGGACAUCCGGGAAUGCCAAUGUCUCCACCCCCGCUCAUGACACAUAGCCCUCGUCUCAGCGGUAGCCCAGGUAUGAAGACAUUGUCGAGAGCACGACCGUCGUCACCAAGGCUGGGCAAGGGGCUCCCGAAGAUGGAAGGCUUCCCCAUGCCAGAGAGCGGGAACAUCGCGCCCAUUGGUGCUGGGAUCGGCGGCGGCGGCGGGCCCUCUGCGGGGCCGUCGAGCUUGUCUGGGCCGGGGGCACUGCUCCCACCGCUGCCCUCGACCUUAUCGUCUUCCGGCAUGUCGCGUCUCGCGAACGGAGGACUAUCCGAGAAACCUCCAGCGCAUCUUCCUGGUGGACCAUCGUCCACGAAGGCCGUUCCCGUGGACGGUUUGUGAUGUAGAGCUCGGAUUAUGUACAUAUUGAGUCUCAUUUCCUCUCCUAUUCGUUCAGUCUCGCGAACUUGGAUACCUUCUGUCGAAUGUUUGUACCGCGGUAUCACUAAUG